UUUAACUUAAUCUCUAACUAAAAAUAUUUUAACUUGGACUUGGUCAAUAGUGACGUUUUCUUAAUUAGAGACUCUAUAACUCAAUUUUCUGUGGAAGGUCUACUAAUCUUAUAAUCCACCUUUAACAUACUACUCUUUCUCCACACAUCAACAUUUGCAAUUCCCAUUUCCACCAAGAAAACCUACAUUGUUUACAUGAAACAUCAUCUCAAACCUCCAUCUUUCUCUACUCACCAUCAAUGGUACAAAACCCACCUCCAAUGUCUCACUUCUUCCCCCGAAAAUUCACUUCUCUACACUUACACCACCGCUUAUCCUGGAUUUGCCGCAAGUUUGAAUUCUCAUUAAGUUGAAUUACUCCAUCAAUCUGUAUGAAGACAGUAAUUACACCCCCACAAACAACACGCACCCCUGAAUUUCUCGGCCUCGAUAAGCUCAAUUUUGGGGCUGGACGUACUUUACCGGAAUUCAACACUGCUGCUCAGGAUGUUACAAUUGGGGUACUUGAUAGUGGAAUUUGGCCGGAAUCGGAAAGUUUUAGUGAUUUGGGUAUGUCGAAUGUGCCGUCUAGAUGGAGAAGGAAAUGUCAAUCGGCACUUGAUUUUGACCCAAAAGUGCAUUGCAAUAGGAAACUUAUAGCGCACUGCUCCAAGGAGAUUCAAUCGCCCCGGAUCAGGAAGGACAUGGCACACAUACUGCGAGCACAGCCGCAGGAUCAAUUGUGGCAAAUGCUAGUCUUUUUGGCUAUGCCAAAGGGACUGCUAGAGGGAUGGCCCGUAUAGCGAGCUAUAAAGUGUGCUGGAAUGAAAUUUGUGCAGGGUCAGAUAUUCUUGCUGCAUUCGACCGUGCUAUUAUGGAUGGUGUUGAUGUGUUGUCUGUGUCAUUGUCUAAUAAUUCGACGACUUAUUAUACAAUCCAUUGAAAAAGACUGAAUUUCACUUGUGCAAACAAGUUUGCUGAUGCUGGGCAAAUCAACUACCCUUCAUUCUCUGUCUUGUUUGGGAUAAACACAAAGCGGAUUGUUCGUUACACCAGAGAAGUGACCAAUGUUGGAGAUGCAAGGUCAGUGUAUUGCUCCUUCAUCCGUUACGGUAACAGUGGAGCCAGACAAGCUUGUAUUCAAGAAAGUGGGAGAGAAGCGUGACAUUUGUGUCCAAGAAAUAUGUUAAACCAGGAAAUGCAUUUGGUUGGAUUUCUUGCAACUUUGCUAAAAAUGAAGUGAGGAGUCCAGUUGCAUAUUCCUGGCUGACACACCAAAAUUAGAUUGGACCUAUUAAUUGUACAACUACUACAAGGGAUGUAAUGCCAUAAAUGACUCUAUUUCUGUUUGGUGGAAAUGUAAUAUCUACAAACUUUAGUAGUUAAAAAAUUGUACUUGAAUUAGAGGGGUGCGCCAGGCCCGUGCAGUAGUGCAACACAUGGGAAACGCGCAAGAGCCCAGGUAGCAAGCUACCUUAAUGGACUCCUCCCCUUAAAAAAUUGAGUUAAUAUCGUGUGAACCAAUGGUCCACAUAUCAGAUAUUAAACUGAUAAGAACAGAUACUACACUUGAUCUUAGCCAAAAGGCCGA